AUGGUCUGUCAGUGGGAGCAGCUGAGCUACAGCUACAUGUGGAAGAUUCCAACGACUCUACAGUACUCUGGAGAGUAUUGUGUAACCAGGGCAACCAGUGAUAAAGUCAGUCUUGGCAUUUAUGACGGAGUCUCAGCUAUUGAUGACAUCAGAUUUGAAAAUUGUACCCUUUCUCUUCCUGCAGAGAGCUGUGAAGAGCCGGACUUUUUCUGGUGUCGACGCAGCAAGGCUUGCAUAGAAAAACUUCUGUUAUGUGAUUUGGUAGAUGAUUGUGGUGAUCAUACUGAUGAGGUUGACUGUGUACCUGAGUUCCAAUGUAACUUUGAAAAUGGAAUCUGUAACUGGGAACAAGAUACAGAAGACGACGUUGAUUGGACCAGGAAGCACGGUCCAACUUCAACACUUAAUACAGGGCCAAUGAAGGCUCAUACCUUGGGCACAGCUAAAGGACACUAUCUCUACAUAGAAUCUUCGGAGCCACAGGUUUUCCAAAACAGAGCUACUUUCCUCAGCCCUGUCCUCAAUGCCACCGAUGCAGGGGGCUGCACCUUCCGCUUAUAUUACCACAUGUUUGGAAAGCAUAUUUAUAGGCUGGCCAUCUACCAGUUUGGAGUAACACAAGAGACAGCUGCUGUGGCAGAUAUUUGGGAAUCAAGGCAACAGAUGGAUGAGGCAACGCCUCAAUCUUUCCAGCAGGAAGCCUUUUCAGGCAAGACCUUCAUUUUCCAGGAUGCACUGUGUAGCUGUGUAUGUCUUGAAAUCUGAACAGUAUCUAUCUCUCUACUAUGAAAUAAAAGGCAAGUCUCAACUUAAGA